CCAACGGCCCAGAUAAGGGAACCCUGCGCUUUCUCCGCUCGUAUUUAGUCAGGUCCUCCCCUCUCUCUCUCUCUUUCGUCUUCGAGGACGAUCCGAAGAAACCCUAGAAAUCCCUCGGAGCUCCGAUCGGAGGAGAAAGAGAAGGAGAACCACCGUGAUGCUGAGAGUCGUCGGAAGAAGAUUCGCCGCCGCCUCGUGGAGGCCGAGCGCCGCCGCCUCCUCGUCCCUGCUCCCCCGGAAUCCGAUCUGCGGCGACCCCCUCUCUGCCCGGGACGAUUCCCGAUUCCCCGCCGCCUACCCCACCCGCCUCGUCUUCGAAUCGGCCAUUCUAGGUGAUACCAGAGGGUUCUCUACUGAAUCUCUCAUCCCAAGACAUCAGGAUGUGGGGUUCGCUGACCUUCCUGCAACAGUGGCAGCUGUGAAGAACCCGACCUCUAAGAUUGUCUACGAUGAACACAAUCAUGAGCGCUUCCCCCCAGGGGAUCCUAGCAAGCGAGCAUUUGCCUACUUUGUUUUGUCUGGUGGUAGAUUCAUCUAUGCAUCUUUGCUUCGCCUCCUUAUUCUCAAGUUUGUGUUGAGCAUGUCUGCUAGCAAAGAUGUACUUGCCUUGGCCUCUCUGGAGGUAGAUCUCUCUAGCAUCGAGCCAGGAUCCACAGUGACUGUGAAGUGGCGUGGGAAGCCAGUAUUCAUAAGGCGCCGAACAGAGAGUGACAUCAAGCUGGCAAACAGUGUGGAUGUGGCAUCUCUUCGUGAUCCCCAGGAGGAUUCAGCUAGGGUCAAAAACCCAGAGUGGCUCGUGGUUGUUGGUGUCUGCACUCAUCUGGGCUGCAUUCCUCUACCCAAUGCUGGAGACUUUGGGGGCUGGUUUUGCCCUUGCCAUGGCUCUCAUUAUGAUGUAUCUGGCAGAAUCCGCAAGGGCCCUGCUCCAUUCAACUUGGAGGUACCCACAUACACCUUCUUGGAUGAGAACAAGUUAUUGGUUGGUUGAGCUCGCACUGUCAAGAGUGUGGAUUCAAGGUUCUAAAUAUUUCAUUUCACAGACUAAUAUUUUUGCCGGUCACUUUGUUUUUAGAUAUUGAUGUUCACCUGCCAGUGUGAUUCUGGCUCUGACCUAUGAAUAAUUCAAUUCCCUUGGUUGGACAAUGUUUUGAGACACGGUUUACUGCUACUACAUUUCUUUUACGAAUCUUAUGUACCAUCUGAUUAUUGCUAUCUGUUUCUUCCCCCUUCUCUUUGUAAUCAGUUUAGUUUCUUGUACCAAUUACA